AACAAUACUUUCCCUCUCUUUCUCUCUCUCUCCUGUUUGGAACUUUGGAUCUGGAAAUUGUUAAAGAAGCACUGACAAUGAAUUGCAGUCUGACCGACGUGCAGUGGCAUUUAUAGUCACAGCAAGCAAUUUUCUUUGCCUUUUGUCAUCUACGCGUUUCUUUCUCUCCUCUCAUCUACUCUGAAGCUCAAAUCAGACACACACGCAUACACACUCUCUCUCUGUCUCUCAGUGAGUAUGGCUGGGGACAGCAGUGGAAGGGAGCUUGAUCGGACGCCGACGUGGGCUGUGACCGGAGUCUGCGCCGUCAUCAUUAUCAUCUCCAUUGCCCUGGAGAAGAUUCUGCACAGAGUUGGAAGGUGGUUCACAGAAAGGCACAAGAAAGCUCUGUUUGAAGCUUUGGAGAAGGUUAAAGCAGAGUUAAUGAUUCUUGGUUUUAUCUCGCUACUGCUGACUUUUGGGCAAUAUUACAUUGUUAAAAUCUGUAUUCCCUCUAAUGUUGCCGACACUAUGUUGCCGUGUUCUUCAAAUGACAAAACCAGUAAGGCAGAGGAGCAUAGAAGGAGGCUCUUGUGGUAUGAGCACAGAGUUUUAGCUGCUAGUAGCUACAAUUUCAAAUGCAAAGAGGGAAAGGUGCCGCUCAUAUCUGUAAACGGACUGCAUCAGUUGCACAUCCUCAUAUUCUUUUUAGCAGUCUUUCAUGUGGUAUACAGUGCUGUCACAAUGGCACUUGGAAGACUAAAGAUUCGUGGGUGGAAGCACUGGGAACACGAGACUUCAUCCCAUAAUUAUGAGUUUUCCAGCGAUCCUACAAGGUUCAGGCUUACGCAUGAGACAUCUUUUGUGAAGGCACACACUAGUUUCUGGACCAGGAUUCCAUUCUUCUUUUACAUCGGAUGCUUCUUCCGACAAUUUUUCAGGUCUGUCAGUAAGUCUGACUACUUGACCUUGCGCAAUGGAUUCAUCAAUGUUCAUUUGGCUCCCGGAAGUAAAUUUAACUUCCAAAAAUAUAUCAAAAGGUCAUUGGAAGAUGAUUUUAAGACAGUUGUGGGAGUCAGUCCCGUCUUGUGGGCGUCAUUCUUGAUUUUCUUACUCCUGAAUGUUAGUGGGUGGCAGGCACUAUUUUGGGCAUCCAUAAUUCCUCUGCUUAUAAUCUUAGCUGUGGGAACGAAGCUCCAAGCUAUUUUGACUAAGAUGGCACUUGAAAUCACUGACAGACAUGCGGUUGUUCAAGGCAUUCCUCUUGUGCAGGGCUCAGACAAAUAUUUUUGGUUUGAUCGGCCACAGUUAGUUCUUCAUCUUAUCCACUUUGCUUUGUUUCAGAACGCAUUCCAGAUAACAUAUUUCAUGUGGAUAUGGUAUGAGUUCGGGCUGCAAUCUUGCUUCCAUGAUAAUUUCAAGAUCGUGAUUUUUAAAGUCGCUUUGGGGGUCGGGGUCCUUCUCUUGUGCAGCUACAUUACACUUCCUCUAUACGCUCUUAUCACUCAGAUGGGCUCGCACAUGAAGAAAUCCAUCUUCGAUGAACAAACAUCGAAGGCCCUUAAGAAAUGGCACAUGGCUGUAAAGAAGAAACAGGGCAGGGGAGGAAAGUCUCCCCCUACUGGAAGCCCAAUAACUGGAUCGAAUUCAAACUGGCACUCCUCUGGAGCCAGACUCCAGCGAUUUAAGACCAUAGGACACUCAGCCCGUUCAACGACUAACGAGGACCGUGAAACAUCUGACUUAGAUGCAGAGCCAUUGUCACCCACAUCAUCAACCGACAACGUCAUUGUCAGAGUUGAUAACGAGAAUCCAGAGACUGAAAUGGUUGCAUCCCAGCCUCGAGCAGACAGCAGAAACGAGGACGAUUUCUCAUUCAAGAAGCCUGCUUCAUUCAAGUGAAGUCGGUGCUGAUAAUUCUCGCGUCCCCCUUCCAAUUCUUCCAUUACGCGAACUCUUCUCGAUACACUGUGACAAAAUACAUGAUCGUUGUUGGAUUACAGCUUCGGCUUGUCUUGUAUAUGCUUGAGCUCGACUUACACUUGUUAAAUCCAGAAUUUUGCUACUGUUGUAAGAUAUUCAGUUGGCUUUCUGGACGGCGAAAAAUAGAUGGUAUUGAUGCAGAAACUGUUCGAAAUCGGUGUCCAUUGCAAGCUGGUUUUGUGACUGAUUUGUGUAGAGAGUGGAGACAUAACUGGCUGAAUUUGAUUUGAACUUGGAGAGGAGGGUGUCCCUUUGCACUGUCUUGGAAUUAAUGGAUCUUAAAUGUGUGAAUUGAAAACGUCUAAAAAAU